AUGAAGCUCGAGUUUUCGGAUAGUUUUAGGGAUUUGGCAUUUGUUUUGCGAUACUUCAAUCGAGAUGCUAACCUAGAAAAGGUGGAAAGUGGACUGAAGCUUUUCAAUGGAGAUGAAAAACAUGAAGGGUUGGAUGAUGUUCUAGGUGCUUUAUACAAGAUGUAUGAGCAGGAUUGUGACUAUAAAAACAUAAAGGAAGCAAAAAAAUUAAGAGCAAAUCCAGAGGUAAGAAAGGUAGAAGUGUCGAUAUCAAACCUAAUAUCGUUUUAUGGUUUAUAUUGUCAAAUGAUCACGCAGGGAGUAUUGAAGAAUAAACUGUUUAUUGAUCAGAUGGUAGAGAAGAUUGCACCAUGCAUGAAACUUGAUCCAGAUUUUCAAUUGCUGGACAUACAAGUUGGAGAGAUAGUAAAUAUUGGAGACGUUCAAGGUCUUGACAAGCUUUAUUCCGAAGAGGUUGUUGGAAAGAAAAAGAUGCAAAUUCUGAGUGGGCUGAGAGGACAUGUGAGGAAGGAAGGGUUACUAGGAAACAAGUUUCUUUUUGUUACAAAUAUGAAACCAGCCAAAUUCAAAGGGCAAGUUUCCGAGGGAAUGAUUCUAUGCGUGAAGGACAAAGAUGGAAAUAUUGAGCCUAUUGAGAUAUCAAAAGAUAUAAUAAACGGGUCUAGAUUAGAGCUAGAGGGGUUUGAUACGAUUCUUGAGGACUUUAGUCCUGGUAAAGUUGACAUGAGGAAGAGCGGAUAUGCUCAUGCUUUGGAAUCAUUCAAGGUUGUGGGACAUUUCCUUACUUUUAAAGGUGUUAGGGUUACUUGUGGGGGGAAGCCCAUCAAGACCAAUACGUCGGAUGGUCCGGUGAGCUAA